AAGAACCUCGAUAUACGAUAUUUUAGCGAAAAAAAUAUAUUUUCGACAUCCCUAAACGAAUCGGUGUGAAAAAAAGCCAAAGUAUACACCUCGGGGGACUAUUUUCGAUUGGAAAAACGCGCGCGACUGACCUACGAAUAGUGGUUUGUGAUCCCGAACCAAAAUCAUCCCGGUCCCCUAUCCAAGAUGCAAUAAAAACGAUCGUUCCACUUCUCCUAAUAACACACACACAUAGGCGCGUCGCCGAGUGUCAACAGCUGCCCUGGUCAAAAUGUCGGACAUUAACGAUGACCUGCUCAAUUAUGAACUGGGCGAUGACAGCGAUGACAUCGACGACCAGGCUCUGCUCGGAGCCGACGAGGAUGAGUUGCUACUCUCGGACGAAGAGCUGGAAAAAGAUGUCACCAGCGAGGUGAAGCUGCAGAUGCGUGCCGAAGCCGAGGAGUGGGCCCAGGAACAAAUUCGCCAGCAUGAGCGCAAGCACAAGGAACAAUUACAGGCGGGAGUUGCCGCAGUGGUGAAAACUACGACUGGCAAUGGAGGAGGCGCAGGUGCCGUAGCAGGAGUUGAAGUCGGAACAGGAGCAACGGCGGUAGUGGAGCCAGAACCAGUAACAGUAGUACCCACUGUUGUGGAUGUUACACCUCCGGCUCCUCCAAAAGAACCCUCUAUAAUAGCAAACGAGCGCCUACCUAUUGAGGUAUCGACUCCCCCGGUGACGGAAAGCUCACAUCCCUGCUCCAAUACAGUUGUUGCCGCUGCCGAGACCACGUCGAUGCCCAGCUCGGCAGUCGAGCAAGUGACCGAACUGGUGGCUGCCACCUCCACCACCAACCCUACCACCACAGAUCCGCCAGCGAAACCACUCAGCCGUGAAGAAGAAGAGGAAGGAAAAUCGGAAAAUAAAUGCGGAGGUGAGGAAGCGCCUCGAAAUGGCGAGAGUGCGGUGGAAAGCGUUGUGGAACCCGUCGAAGCGGCUUGUAAUCAGAGCGAAAGCGAACAGAGCCAGGAGCCACUGGGUCAUUCCUCCCUGCUGGCUUCAUCGCAGGAGAGCCUGCCCAGCGCCAGCUCCGCCUCGGUGGUCGAAGACGAGGAGGAACGGGAGGAGCGCACAAACUACAAGACGGCCAGCGAGAGGUCGGAGGCUAACAUGCGGCAGCAGCAAGAGCACGCCAACAUGUCCCCCUAUCAUCAGCAGCGGCGGCACCACAACCACGCAGACAAAUCACGCGUUGGCGGAGGGGGACGCUUCAUGCCACAGCAGAAUCCUAUGGGCAAGCCAUUGCGGGGUAUGGGAACGCGCCACCAUCUGCUAAGGAACCCGACGCCCCUGUUCGGCGGACUGUCGCCGCAGCAACAGCAGCAACGCAUGGGCCUGGCCGGGAUGCAGCCGCUGAUUCAGCGCUACGGAAUGCCGGGUAAUGCUCCAACCCCGCAGCACCUGGCCUUAAUGAGUACGCCAGUGGGUGCUGCUCCUACGGCAGCUUGUCUGCUACCCUUGUCCCUGCCGAUUCAUCCAUCCCACUCCCAGCAACAGCAGCCACAACAGAAACAGCAACAACAAACACUGAACAAACCAACAUUCAUUCCAAUUCCAGGCCAGUACCCGCCAACCCAGCCACCCAAUCAGUCAUCACAACAACAACAAGCACCGACUAACACGCCACAGCCCGCCUCUCCCCUCCACAAUCCCUCGCAUUCGCACAUGAUGCACCACGGCCAUGGUCACAGUCACAGUCACGGUCACGGGCACGGUCAUGGUCACAAUCCGCCUCACCUACUGCCGCAUCCGCACGAGCAGGUGCGAGUGGGCCUGCUGCAGCCGCCGCCGCUGGCGUUCGCCAAUCCCAACCCCGGCGGUCCCUAUCGAAACGGAGCGCUCUUGGGCCCGGGACCUGGCCCUGGGCCAGGACAAGGACCUAAUCCACACCAGCCCCCUCACCAGCCGGCGGGGAUGCGGCCGCCACUGUAUCGCAAUGCUCCGCCGUCGUACGGCUAUGAUCCGGCGGUGGGCCAUCCGCCCCAGCACUCGCCGCAGUUUAUGCGACCGCACAACGGGUGGCGGCCACAGGGGGAUGCCGCACGAAUGCCUCGACCUCCGCUACAGACCCUGCCGCCGCACCUGAUGCCGGGCGCACCCCCCAACUACGCUACCAAUGGCAUGGGAAUCCGGGGACCCCCUCCGCAGCAGCAGCAGCAGCAACAACAGCAGACGCAGCAACAACAACCCCAACCAGUUCCGCCUCAGGCCGGAAAUCCGAACAAUCCCUGCCAGCCGCCGCAGCCGAAUGGACCGCCACAACCGGCUGGCCCCGCCUCUGUUCCGCGGGUGAGCAAGGUGCUCAUCAAUCCGAAUUUCAAGGGGGGCGUCGAGGCGGCUACCAACAAGUUCAUUAAGGAGACGCACUUCAUGCCGGCCAUCAACAGCGAAGCAGAACUUCUGCGUCAACAGGAGGAGUUCAUCAACAAGAACCGGCAGUACUUUGAGAAGCGCCGCAAGGAACGCUCUCCGCCGCCGGCGGGCUCUGGAUCGAGUGGCGGCGCCUCUUCCUCCUUGCAGGCAGGCGAGCGGAGACGCACCCGCAGUCGCAGUCGCUCCCGGGGCAGAAGCUACUCUCCGGUCAAGCGCUCGGAGCGGGAAAGGGAGCGAGACCGAGAUCGCGAGAGGGAACGGGAAAGAGAGAGAGAUCGAGAGCGGGAUAGAGAUCGGUAUGGUGUGAACCGGGCGCCCGGAAAUAGGUGUUUUCGACGAGCAGCUAGUAGGGACCGCGACGAGAACAGGGGAGGAGCAGGCACGGGCAAUGGACCAGCAGGUGGUGGUGGAACAUCUAGUGGAGGAGGGGCAGCGCCGCCCAAGCGAAGGCGGAGCGGAUCACCUGGCUCCGCAACACGAAAUCCCUUCUCCGGCGAGCCGCGGGGAAGAACGUCGGACACUGGCAGCCGCGUUGUGCAAAGCGAUGAGGACGAGGAGACUCGUAACUACCGCCUGGAGAUUGAGAAGCAGAAGCAGCUGCGGGAAAAGGUCAUGCGGGACAAGGAGCUGAAGCGGAGGCGCGCAGCCGAGGAGAAGCUGCAUGAGGAGAAACGCGCCGAGCAGCAGCACAACUCGCCGGCCCGCGAGGAACAGGAUCAAGCGGCAGUAGCGCCCGGAACAGGAUCUGUCUCUGGAAGCGGCGGCAGUGCAGCGACAAAGCAGCGCCCCGGCCAGACCAACGAACGCAAGGUGAUCUCGCUAAAGCGACGCGACGACCAGGAGACGGGCAAUGGGCGCAGUCGGCAGUCCCAGUCUCAAUCCCAGUCGCAGCAGCAGACAACCCAAGCCCAGCCAGGACAGCAGCAGCCAGCUAGGAAGCAGCUCACCGCGGCCAAGAUUGCGCCCGAGGCCAAGAGAAGCAUAACUGAGCACCUGGCGCCCUCUUCGAAGCAACACCAGCCGGUGACUGCGCUGAAAACCCUGGGACCAGCAGCUGGAGCCGGGGGACAUGGCCCGGGGGGAGGAACGCCUCCCAAGUCGCGGGACAUGCUGCGCUUGGGCACGCCCAGCGACGAUGAAGUGGAGCUGGACUACGACGUCGACGACCUGCUGCUAGACGAGGAGGAUCGCUUGCUGGCCACGCCAUCGCCCCCGCCGCAGAAGGCGAGCAGCAAGCGCUCGGCCACGCCGGAGCUGUUGGUGGUGAAGCGAAACCACAAGGCGGCGCCCAGCUUUGGCUCCAGCCAGCGGAGGGUGGUGCUGAAGCCGAACAGCAGCAGCAAUGGUAGCGGCGGGGGCGGUGGGGGAGACUCGCAGCAGCAGUCCUCGCAUGGGGGCAGCAGGAUGCGGGACAGGCGGUCCAGGGAGGAGCAUCUCUUGGCCCGGAAGAGCGGAGCCGAGGGAGGCGGCAGCAGUAGUGGCGGUGGCGGUGGAGGUGGAGGUGGACGCGGAGGAAUCUUUGAUCGGCUGGAGAAGCGGCAGGCGUCGUCGGUGGGAGGCAGCGGCCACAAACAACGCAGCAAGGCGCCCCCUCGAAUUGUACUCAAGCACGAUUAGGAAGGACUCGCCAGGGGACAGCAGGAUAACUUGGAACACGCAGCAGGAGCAGCGUCAGCAGCUCUAGCUCUAGAUUAAGCAAAACCUUAAAUUGUGAAUGAUAAAUCUAAUCAUUAGUCAUUUUUGUUCAAUAACCGUGUAUCUCUUUAGAGGAUAACAUGCAAUAGCUGGAGCGUAAUUAUGAAUCCAAAGUAAGAGGAACCGUAGCUUUAAGUGAAAACAGAGAAGCAUAGGCACACGUCAGUUUGUUGAUCCGUGCGUAGGUUCUGGGCAGACCAUAGACCAUAUAGAUAGACACAGGCCUAGUAUGUGGUGAGUAUGCCAGAGCGGUGACCAUAUAGCACUAGUUUGUAGCUGUAAGUGUACAAAUCUUAUCAAUGACUAAAACGUGCUUCGUUUUCUUAACCACAGAUUGUAUUUAAACUUAGAGUAAGCGGGACGCUUAAAGCUUGACCUGGACAAUUAGAAACCACACAAAUCGCAACCUAGCCUAUUGUAACCAAUUAAACGCAAAACAAACAAAUAUAUAAAGCCCUAUAUACUAUAUAUAUAUUUAUAUACAAUCUAUGUUUAAAAACACCUACCUAGUUUUAAGCCAAACCCUAGAUACAAAGCCUAGAGAGCUAAGCGUCUUGCUUUCCGACUUGAUCCUUAAGUACGAUUAUGUUGAUUUCGAAUAAGAGGUUAGAAUCCAAAAGCAGCGGGAAACAAGCGCGCUGGCUCCCGAAGCUCCAAGUAACUCUAACAUUUUUUCACCUUGUAUUCAAAUUUUUUGAGACUCCAACUCUGACCUGGAUAUUGCCUAUUACGACCUCAUAUAUGCUGUAUACCAUAAACUAUAUACUAUAUACAAGCCUGUUAUACUUUUAAAUUGUGGCCCGUUUUAUUUACACCAAAUUGUUUUUGUCUCCUGUCCCAUUGUGUUCUUUGUAACUAAUAUUAAUCGAUAUAUACAAAAUUAUUGUGCAACAAAUAUACUUGCAAAUUUUAGCAGCAUUACCACAAUGGCCUAACUAUGAGCGAAGAGAGAGCGCAGUGGCAAUGCACCAGAUCGUAGCACACUAAACAUAGCAAUAUAGAACCGGUUAAAUAAACCCUAGUCCCUAAGCAAUUGUAUAUACAUAAAGCGACUUCAUCAUCAUUUCAUUUUACUCGAUAUAACUUGAUAAAGAUCAGACUACCUAUGGCCAUAAUCCAUUUAAAUUAUUGUAUUGUGAAGAAGUGCGAAAUGCCUAGGCUAACCCCAACCCGAUUGUUAUACUUUUUAUCCAAAUUUACACAAAAGCUGAGGCGUAACGCAGCUUGACUCGGAAUUGCGUUUCAUCGAGUCAGAAUCAGAAAAAAAAACAUAAACAGACAAAAUAUUAUACAUAAAUUGUAAUUGAAUCUUAGGAGGCCACACCAGGCAGAGUUAUAUAUGACAUUUAUUGUGUACUAAACCGCUCUAAUCUAAUUUAAAUUAAUGUAACUGAGUCUAAAUCUAAACUGAACUUAGCAAGUCCUUUCAGAGCUUGUCCUUACCUAGUUGUAGAUUAGCAUUAAUCAUGUGACGACACAUACCAUGCUGUACCAUGCUAUGUGGCAGAGGUCCUGGAAAGCCUGUAAGCUGUAAUUGUUGUAGGUUGCAACGCUAGAUACUAUAUAAGAUAAUGACAUAAACACCCCAACACACACAGAUAGAACUAGUAACCGUAAUGCUACACACUAUAAUAUAUACAUUAUAUAUGGAUUAAUAAAAAACAAAUGGUA